GUGUGUGUGUGUAUGUACUAUAUGUUUGUAUGUUGAUAGAUAUAUUUCCUUUGGAAUAAGAAAAAAAGACAUCGGUUAAAUGUGCAGAUAAAAUAACCAAAUUUCGCCUUGAAAUUACGAGAGAUUUUGCAACUCAAAGUAAAAGCGGAACGAUAUGCUGGCUCACUUCCGCUGCCGGGGCUUAAUAGUGUAACAACCGGCGGAAGUAAACAAACCAGAGCCGCGCUAGCAGCUAGCAGCGUUAGCUCCGUCAAUGAUUGGGAUUAACUGGAAGACGACAUUUUACUUCUUUGAUUUUUUUAAUGAAGAAAAAAUGUCUUCAGUUGAGUAUUUGAGAGAGUUUGUUAACAAGCGGCUGACUGCUGCCGCUGAAGAAAUAUUGGGUGCUUUUAAAACAACUAUCGUCCAGUACGAAGAAGAGCUCGACCGUCAGCGCAGACUGCUGGAUGUCAUCUGGAAACCCCAAAUACAUCUACACAGGAUCGGGCUCCCACAGCAACAUGUCUUUAAGCAGGAGGAGCUUCCCGCUGACCAGCAGCUCCGUGUUCAGGAGAGGAGCUCCAGUCUGCACCAGGAGGACCCAGAGCCUCCACGUAUUAAAGAGGAGCAGGAGGAGCUCUGCACCAGUCAGGAGGGAGAGCAGCUCGUCCUGAAGCAGGAGACUGAUGCCUUUAUGUUGACUUGUGAGGAAAGUGACCACAGUGAAGAUCAGACUCUGAGCCUCAAUCCUGAUGAGACUCUGAGUGAGGCCGAGAAACAGUCUUCAGUCAAAAUGCCAGUUAUAAGUUCAGUGGUAUCAGAAUCACACAGUGACCACCAGCUCCUCUCUCACACCUUUAAAAGCCAAGAUCGGGAAGGAGGUGAGCACGGAGACGCAGGAUCAACAAGAAACACAAAUAAAAAACAAAGGAAACAACAUCACAAAUGCAACAGCAAAACUAAAAAUGUAUCUAACCCAACUUUGUCAGCAUUUCACCGCAGUACUGGCACAAAUAAAAAGUCUUUAAAAUGUGACACAUGUGGGAAAGCUUUUAGGUACAACUCGGAUCUGCAGAGACACCUGAUGACACACACAGGCGAGACGCCAUAUCCUUGCAUCACCUGUGAGAAAAGCUUUAAACAGAAAUCAGUACUGAUUGCUCAUAUGAGAAUCCACACGGGAGAGAAGCCGUUUACUUGCAAAGCAUGUGGGAAAGGAUUCAGACGUAAUCAUGACUUGAUAGUUCACAAUAGAAGAGCCCACACUGGUGAGAAGCCGUACCUUUGCAGGAUCUGCGGUAAAAGAUACUGUGAUUCGUCUGACAUGGCAAAGCAUGUAAGGUCACAUACAGCGAAGGGACGAAGCCUUAUAUUUGCAAAAUAUGUGGGAGACGAUUACAGCAGUCUGUCAAACCCAACUAUGUCAACAAUUCACCAUAAAACUCACACAGGUAAGAAGUCUUUUAAAUGUGACACUUGUGAGAAAACUUUUAAGUUUAAGUCAGUUUUGAAGACGCACCUGAUGAUGCACACGGGUGAGAGGCCGUUUUCUUGCAACACCUGUGGGAAGAACUUUAAUCAUAAAUCCGUAUUGAUGGCUCAUAUGAGAAUCCACACAGGAGAAAAGCCAUUUUCUUGUAAACUAUGUGGGAAAAAAUUCACUUCCAACCAUGACUUCAAAGUCCACAUGCGAAUCCACACAGGUGAGAAGCCGUACACGUGCAAAACAUGCGGAAAGAAAUUCAGCUGUAGCAGUGGCUUGUCGGUCCACAUGAAAAUCCACACAGGCGAAAAGCCGUACACUUGCCAAACAUGCGAAAAAGAAUUCAGCCGUAAAAAUAACUUGUUGGUGCACAUGAGAAUCCACGCAGGCGUGAAGCCGUAUACGUGCAAAACAUGUGGAAAAGAAUUCACUCGUAACAGUAACUUGGUGGUGCACAUGAGAAUCCACUCAGGCGAGAGACCGUAUAUUUGCAUAACGUGUGGAAAAGAGUUUUGCCGUAACAGUGGCUUGUUGGUCCACAUGAGAAUCCACGCAGGUGAGAAGCCGUAUAUUUGCAAAACAUGUGGGAAAGGAUUCAGACGUAGUUGUGAACUGUUGGUUCACAAUAGGAGAGCCCACACUGGUGAGAAGCCGCACCUUUGCAAGAUCUGUGGGAAAAGAUUCUGUGACUCGUCUGACUUGUCAAAGCAUGUCAGAUCACAUACCGAGAAGUCACGUAGCCUUGAAUUGGCAAAACAUUUCGGAGACGAUUGAGUUCACGUGGUUCAUGGUCAAAACACAAUAACUCACAGAAGCGAAGAGUCAUGUAGCUGCAACACUUGAAGAAAAGUUUUACUCAAAAUCUUUUUUUUGGGGGGGUUUGUUUUUAACCAAUUGUUUUGAUUUAUUUUCAAAACAACUU